AUGGGAAAUAAACGCAAGAAGGAGAAUGGCAAGAACUCCAAGCCAAGUACGACCAAACCAGGCUUCGUAGAGUCAAAAAAUAACUACGAUGUGCUAUCCUCAGACUCUGACUCGAGUGCAAUAUUUGACCAUAAUCGUAAGGACGAGAACCUUGUACUCGUAGAUUCCUCAGAUGACGACAUUGUUGUCGAGUCUGAUAGCGAGAAUGACGAGAAUAAUAGUGAAACCGAUACUAAAAAACGAAAAGUUGAUAGUGACAACCACCAACCAGCAUCAAAAAAACGCAAGAUGGAGUAUAAUGAACUUUCCAAGAACCAAGAUUUUAUAGAGUUCGGGUUCAGUUCGUCCGAGGAAGAAGCGAACAAGUACGACGACUACUCAGAUGACGGCAUUAUCAGCGACGAUCAAAGUGGAAAUCGACAUAUUGCCAAAGAACCUUCGUCUUUAUAUCCAUGGAUCAAGAACCAAGAUCAUUCCAAGCAACAAGAAAUCGCCGAUUGGCUCACAUUAGAAAUCAAGGACUUUGUCAACUAUAUUUCGCCUUCCAAACUAGAGAUAACUACACGGAACAACGUCAUAGGACGACUAAAAUCUACCAUAACCAAGUUUUGGCCCGACACUGAAGUUCAUGUAUUUGGUUCCAGUGCCACAGAUUUGUAUCUUCCUGGCUCCGAUAUAGAUAUGGUGGUUAUCUCCAGGGAUGGAGACAGAGAGCAGCGGUCUCGUCUUUACCAGCUUUCAACACAUUUGCGUAGCAAAAAGUUAGCAAAGAACAUCGAGGUGAUCGCCAAAGCAAAGGUUCCUAUCGUUAAAUUUGUCGAUCCUGACUCCAACAUUCACAUUGAUGUUUCUUUUGAAAGAAGCAAUGGUAUAGAUGCUGCAAUUAAAAUCAGAGAAUGGUUAGCUUCCACCCCGGGACUUCGUGAAUUGGUGCUAGUUGUGAAGCAAUUUCUACGCUCGCGGAGGCUCAAUAAUGUUCACGUUGGUGGUCUUGGGGGUUAUUCCACCAUCAUUCUUUGCUAUCAUUUUCUCAAAUUGCAUCCAAGAGUCGCCACAGAGAACAUGAGCAUACUAGACAACUUGGGUUCUCUCUUAAUUGAGUUUUUUGAAUUGUAUGGCAGAAACUUUUCAUACGACAACUUGAUACUAGCCAUUGACUCGAGAACCGAUAUGCCAAAAUACUUGUUGAAGAGACAUUAUCCAGAACUCAAUGCUUCAAAGAAUCCAUUCUCGAUCGUUAUCCAGGACCCCUCUGACCCAUCGAACAACAUAUCUCGUUCAUCUUACAAUCUUCGUGAUGUAAAAAAGGCAUUUGGCGGAGCUUAUCAGAUUCUCAUCGACAAAUGCUACGAACUACACAGUGCUACUUAUAGAGCACGUAUUGGUCAGUCAAUAUUAGGAGACAUAAUCAAGUAUAAAGGAAAGGAAAGAGACUUUAAUGACGAAAGACAUAUGGUGGUCAACCAAGCAAUGGUGACCGAUGAUCCUACACCAGCCAUUACCGAUGAUGAAAGUGACGGGCACAAUGGCAAUGAUAAGUACUAUUUUUCAGACAUGACUGUCGAUAGUGAAGAUGAUACCUUUACCGCUAAUAAGAAGGAGGUCCUGGCCAAAGAUAACGAAGAGAAGAUAUCUGGGUUAUUGGGUAUUAAGAAUGAAAACGAAGCAGAUGAGGUAUCAGAAACGAAUGAAGAUGACAAGCAAAAGAGCAAUUUGGACAAGAACAUCAAGAGGGACUACUGGAGACAAAAGGGACUUGAAUUGUAA